AUGCAGCUCCACCACAUCACCGCCUUUAUCGCUAGUCUGGCUCUGACAGCAAACGCCAUCCCCGUCCCAGACGACGGCCCAGCAAUGGAGGCCAGCCUUCAAGCCCGCGCCGACCAAGCUAAUGAGCCCUACGAUCGUCAAGUUCACCCCGACGAACUUGAUGCAUUGCUCACUCACCGCGACCUCGAAGACUUCGACGUUGACGCACCAUUGACUCGCCGUGACGCUGAACCUGAGGAGUCCCAUCUAACCAAACGUUUCCUCGACAACGACUCCUACGACCUCGACGUCUACGAUGAUCGUAUCUUCUGGCGUAACGGUCGCAGGAACUUCUUUGGCAACCGUGGGGGAUUCUAUGGACGGAACCGUGGGGUGAGGUUUUUUAAUGGACGACGGGGCUAUGGGUAUAAUUAUAACUGGAAUAACAGGGUUUGGUAG